AAUAAUAUUAAGAGAUCCAUUUUGCGAAAAUCGCUGCAUACGUUGUCGAAAAGACAACGACGUAGGGUUAUGUUCGAGGUCAGACGAAAUGUACAUUUACAAAAUUCUAUUGCAUGUAACGUUAGUACAAGGGAACCGAAGUAUAAUACUUGUGUUUCACAAGAUAUUUCUGACUCAUCAAUUGCAGAAUCUAGUUCUUCGAUUAAUAAUUUCGCUAAUGAGAAUUGCGACAUUGGCCGUGACAUAUUUGCAAAGGAUACCGAGUGUUGUUGUUGUUGUUGUUGUUGUUGUUGUUGUUGUUGUUCUCCGUGCGUUUCUGAGAUGAAUGAUGUAUUGCCGUCAUCUAAUGAUGAUUUCUUAAAAUCAUCAUUUCGCGAUCGUUUAGCAUCUUGUUUUGUUAAUAACAAUUUAAAACACGUUCAAGGUAAUAGUAUAUUAUCUCUUCUUCGAACACAUUCCUGUUUUUCUUCGUUGCCAAAAGAUGUUAGAACGCUUCUCAAUACACCACGAAAUCGUGUUACUGUAUCUGUGUUAGAACCUCGUGAAUAUGUUCAUUUCGAUGUCGAAACUGAAAUUGUGAAAAGCAUUUCAAAUAUUGUAUGCAUCUCUCUAAUUAAAGAAUUAGAAUUAGAUUUUAACACUGAUGGCUGCAGCUUAGAUAAAUCAAGUACCGUUACUAUUUGGCCCAUUCAAUGUAAAAUUAUAAAUAUCAAAAAUAUGAAGCCUAUAGUGAUAGGUAUUUACAAAGGGCCACACAAGCCUAAAGAUGCUAAUGUUUUCUUUGAAAGAUUUGUUGCAGACAUUGCAAAAAUCAUGUCUAAUGGAGGUAUCAAUUUUCAUGGCAAUAAGAUGCCAAUACGAUUGAGAUGUUUCAUAGCAUAUUACCACACAUAAUAUGCACACACAUUGUGCAUAUUACCUUUCUUCGUUAUAGCUAGUAUAAAAUACAUGUACUGCAUAUAAUAUAAUAUU